CCGGAAGAGAGCCUUUUCUGCCCUACCUGGAGAAGGGGAGGCGAGCAAGGAGCAGCGCGCCGUUUCGCGCAAGGGCUGCGGUGAUUAGCUGCUGAAGGUGUGCAGUAGUGCUUUAAAAGAUCGGAGUGACUGUAAGGGCUUGUUGAGGAAGAAUGAGGUGCGGAAAUGUUCCAGAAUUCUGCAAGGCCUACAACUUGCCCUUGUCUUAGACCAGAAUCAGGAUGUUCCAUGUUGUCCGAAGACAGAAAAUGAAACGGAAAGGCAGAAGCCCUGCUGGGAAGCAGCAGGACUCUUGCGACGUGUGGCUGGAUGCUUCAGCACUCAAAAGACGCAAAAUGAUGAAUGUUGUCAGUAAGUCAGCGUUAAGUAUCUUGGACAAACACUCUCGCCCUGCUGCAGUAAACGGGUCUCAUCCAUGCACUAAACAAACCACUAUUUCUACUUUCUUCACUGCCCCGAAAGCAGGGGAAAGGAAUGCCGGCCCAAACAAAAGGUUAUCAACCUCUGCAUCAAACAGUGCCGUCAACCUAAAAGACCAUGAACUGCUUAGAGGGGAAAGAACCACGGCCUCAACUUCUGUCCUUCAACCAUCAGCCCUGCAAGAUCGCAAACGACAACCUGCAAAGUCAACAAACGGCUGGAGCCCUUUCCCUUGCAAUUCUUUCCCUGCUCAAGGCCAGAGCCACAACAGCACCCUCCGUGUUGCUACGGGGGAGGCCUUUCUAACCACAGACCUCAUUCAGCACCUGGAAGAAAAGGGGGGCCUUGAUCAGCAGAGGGUUCCUAUGUCACCUCUGAAAGAAAAAAACAAUGGCUGGCAAAGAGAAAAAAGUCCCACUUUGUUUUCUCAGAGUAGCCAAAGCUUUAAAAUAAUUUCAAGCCAAAGAACUAAUGCAGGGAAAAGGCGCAGACCCCCUUGUACAGACACUACUUUCGUGAACUCCUGUGACUCUGAAAAUAUGGAACCUGAACUGGAAGAAAACACACCAGAAGCAGCAUUUUUGAGGCAUUUCAACCGAACUGCAUCUGGAUUCUGCACGAAGCACAAGAACGCCACCAGCAGUGGCGAGAAAGGCUCUGAGAACAGCUCCCCAGCUCCAACGCAGCCGCUGUUCACACAGGACUCUGAGGGUCACAAAGUAAUUUUGCACCGCUUUUGGGAUGAACGAGGCAAACCGUCUUCGCAAAAGGAGCCUUGGUGGGGCAAAAGCAGCCCCACAAGAAGCUCCUUCUACAAGGGCUGCUUUGAAGAUUGUUGCUCUGGAGAGAGAAGCCCCUCCAGGGCUCUGGGCGCGAGCUUUCCUCUUCUGACAGACUGUAGUGAAAAGUCAUGUUAUGACUUGCUAUUCUCAGAGGAUUCAGAAGGCAAUAAAGUCAUUAAACACUAAAUCAUAAUUGCUCUGUGAGA